GUCAGCUUAAGUAUAUUGAUAGUAUACAAUUUAUGAAUUCUAGCUUAGCCACCUCUACAAAGAAUUUGGGUGAUGACCACCCAAUUACAACUGAGUAUUUUAAGAAGCAAGGCUAUUCCUCUAAACAAAUUUCCCUAGCAUAUCGCAAAGGGAUCUUUCCUCAUGA